GUGAGGGCGCGCGCGGAGCGGGGGGGGCGGCGGCCGCGGCGGCGGCUGAGGGGAGAGGCGCUCCCGUCAACAUGGCGGCGCGCGGGGCGGGCAGCGCCUGAGCCCCUCGGCCCCGCCGCCCUCCUGCUCCGCCAUGGAGAGCGAGGAGGAGCAGCACAUGACCACGCUGCUCUGCAUGGGCUUCUCGGACGCCGCCGCCAUCCGCAAGGCCCUGCGCCUGGCCAAGAACGACAUCAACGAGGCCGUGGCGCUGCUCACCAACGAGCGGCCCGGCCUGCACUACGGCGGCUACGAGCCCAUGGAGAGCGGGCAGGGCCCGCAGCCCGGACGCGGCUCUCCCGCCGGCGGGCAGGGCUCCCGCGACGGGGACGGCGGCGGAGGCGGCGGCGGCGGAGGCUUUGACCCUCCGCCCGCGUACCACGAAGUGGUGGAGACCGAGAAAAAUGAUGAAAAUGGGAAUUGCUCUGGAGAAGGCAUUGAGUUUCCAACAACCAACUUGUAUGAGCUAGAGAGCAGAGUUCUAACGGAUCACUGGUCCAUACCCUAUAAGCGGGAGGAAUCUCUAGGCAAGUGCCUGAUUGCAUCCACAUAUCUAGCAAGACUGGGUCUUUCUGAUUCUGAUGAGAAUUGCAAGAGAUUUAUGGACAGAUGCAUGCCUGAAGCAUUUAAAAAGUUGCUGACAUCCAGCGCUGUUCACAAAUGGGGAACUGAAAUCCACGAAGGAAUAUACAACAUGCUUAUGCUGCUGGUCGACCUGGUUGCAGAAAGAGUAAAGCAAGAUCCUAUUCCUGUGGGCCUGCUUGGUGUGCUUACAAUGGCAUUUAACCCUGACAAUGAAUAUCAUUUCAAGAAUCGAAUGAAGGUUUGCCAGAGAAACUGGGCAGAAGUCUUUGGGGAGGGGAACAUGCACGCCGUGUCACCCAUAUCCACGUUUCAGAAGGAACCUCAUGGGUGGCUGGUGGAUCUGGUAAACAGGUUUGCAGAGUUGGGUGGAUUUUCAGCAAUUCAGUCUAAACUCAAUUCAGAAGACAUUGAGCUUGGGGCAAUCUCUGCAUUAGUUCAACCAUUUGGAGUUUGUGCAGAAUAUCUUAACUCUUCUGUAGUACAGCCCAUGCUGGAUCCAGUCAUUCAUAAAAUGAUUAAAUAUGUGCAGAAUGUAGAAGAGAAGGACUUGAAAGACAAGAGACUAGUCAGUAUCCCCGAGCUGCUGUCUGGUAUUAAGCUGCUGUGUAUGCGCUUCCAACCUGAUUUAGUAACUGCAGUAGAUGACUUACGGCUGGACAUUCUGCUGCGCAUGCUAAAAUCGCCUCACUUCAGUGCAAAAAUGAAUUCCCUCAAAGAAGUAACCAAAUUAAUAGAAGACAGUACUGUGUCCAAGUCAGUGAAGAAUGCAAUAGAUACAGACAGAUUACUAAACUGGCUGGUAGAAAAUUCUGUCCUGUCCAUUGCUCUAGAAGGUAAUAUAGACCAAGCACAGUACUGUGAUCGUAUAAAGGGAAUUAUUGAACUGUUGGGCAGUAAAUUGUCUUUAGAUGAACUCACUAAAAUUUGGAGAAUUCAGUCAGGACAAUCUUCCACUGUGAUUGAGAACAUACAUACCAUUAUUGCUGCUGCAGCUGUGAAAUUUAGCUCUGAUCAGCUCAACCAUUUAUUUGUUCUAAUUCAAAAGAGCUGGGAAACAGAGAGUGACAGAGUGCGACAGAAGCUGCUGAGCCUGAUAGGGCGCAUUGGUCGAGAAGCACGGGUGGAGACAACCACUGGAAAGGUUCUGGAGGUGCUCUGGGAGCUGGCUCAUCUUCCAACGUUACCCUGCAGUCUUAUUCAGCAGGCCUUGGAGGAACACCUGACAAUCCUCAGCGAUGCCUAUGCAGUGAAAGAGGCAAUCAAAAGAAGCUACAUCAUCAAAUGCAUAGAGGAUAUUAAGAGGAAAAUGAAGCCUGCCAGAAAAGCGAUGAGCAGUUCUAACAAUGAGUCAUCCCAGCACAGUAAUCCUCAGUUUGUUUGGGUGGUACCAGCAUUACGUCAGCUCCAUGAAAUCACACGUUCUUUUAUUAAACAAACUUACCAAAAACAAGACAAGAGCAUUAUUCAGGAUCUGAAGAAAAACUUUGAAAUAGUGAAGUUGGUGACAGGAAGCUUAAUAUCGUGCCACCGUUUGGCUGCAUCUGUGGCAGGUCCUGGGGGGCUUGUCGGAGCAACGCUGGUGGAUGGCCGAUACACUUACCGGGAGUAUUUGGAAGCACACCUAAAAUUUUUGGCAUUUUUUCUGCAAGAAGCCACCCUUUAUUUGGGCUGGAAUCGUGCCAGGGAGAUCUGGGAGUGCCUCGUGACUGGGCAGGAUGUCUGUGAGUUAGAUCGAGAGAUGUGCUUUGAGUGGUUUACCAAAGGACAGCAUGAUCUAGAGAGUGAUGUACAGCAACAGCUCUUCAAAGAGAAAAUUCUUAAACUGGAAUCAUAUGAAAUUACUAUGAAUGGUUUUAGUUUAUUUAAGACUUUCUUUGAAAAUGUGAACCUGUGUGACCAUCGACUGAAGAGGCAAGGAACUCAGCUGAGUGUAGAAAAACUGGAAUUAAUAGGAAUGGAUUUCAUUUGGAAGAUUGCAAUGGAGUCACCUGAUGAAGAAAUUGCCAAUGAAGCCAUUCAACUGAUAAUUAACUACAGCUAUAUUAACCUCACUCCUAGACUGAAGAAGGAUUCGGUGUCACUGCACAAGAAAUUCAUUGCUGAUUGCUACACGCGAUUGGAGGCAGCCAGUUCAGCACUUGGUGGUCCAACGUUAACGCACGCUGUUACAAGAGCGACGAAAAUGCUUACAGCAACUGCUAUGCCUACAGUGGCAACAUCAGUUCAAUCUCCUUACAGGUCUACUAAACUUGUAAUAAUUGAGAGACUGCUGUUGUUGGCAGAGCGUUAUGUAAUAACAAUAGAGGACCUUUACUCUGUGCCCCGAACUAUUCUACCUCACGGUGCCUCUUUUCAUGGACAUCUCUUAACUCUCAAUGUUACGUAUGAAUCUACCAAAGAUACCUUCACCAUAGAGGCUCAUAGCAAUGAAACUGUAGGGAGCAUCAGAUGGAAGAUAGCAAAGAUGUUGAAUUCUCCUGUGGAUAACAUACAGAUAUUCGCCAAUGACAGCCUGCUAACAGUAAAUAAAGAUCAGAAAUUACUCCACCAAUUGGGCUUCUCUGAUGAACAAGUCCUUACAGUGAAAACGUCAGGCAGUGGGACACCUUCAGGGAGCUCGGCUGAUUCCUCAACCAGUUCCAGCAACAGCAGCACUGUAUUUAGUUCAUCCUAUGCAAUGGAACAGGAGAAAUCCCUCCCUGGCGUGGUCAUGGCUCUCGUGUGUAAUGUGUUUGAUAUGCUUUACCAGCUUGCCAAUCUAGAGGAGCCAAGAAUAACACUGCGAGUGAGAAAACUUCUGCUCUUGAUUCCCACUGACCCAGCUAUUCAGGAGGCACUUGAUCAGCUCGAUUCCCUGGGAAGGAAGAAAACGCUGCUAUCAGAAUCAAGUUCUCAGUCUUCAAAAUCCCCAUCCUUGUCUUCAAAACACCAACAUCAGCCCAGUGCUAGUUCAAUACUGGAAAGUCUGUUCAGAUCUUUUGCUCCGGGCAUGUCUACCUUCAGAGUGCUCUACAAUUUAGAGGUACUGAGCUCCAAGCUGAUGCCAACAGCGGAUGAUGAAAUGGCAAGAAACUGUGCAAAGUCCUUCUGUGAAAAUUUUCUCAGAGCAGGAGGUUUGAGUUUGGUGGUGAAUGUGAUGCAGAGGGAUUCCAUUCCAUCAGAAGUAGACUAUGAAACCAGACAGGGAGUCUAUUCCAUCUGCCUGCAACUUGCAAGGUUCUUGCUUGUUGGCCAGACAAUGCCUACCUUACUGGAUGAAGAUCUUAUUAAAGAUGGAGUAGAAGCACUGUCCUCACGCCCCUUCCGAAAUGUCAGCCGACAAGCAAGUAGGCAGAUGUCCAUUUGUGGAACACCUGAGAAGUCAUCCUACCGACAGCUCUCUGUGUCUGAUAGAUCCUCCAUUAGGGUAGAAGAGAUCAUACCAGCAGCAAGAGUUGCCAUACAAACUAUGGAGGUGAAUGACUUCACUUCCACUGUGGCUUGCUUCAUGCGACUCUCUUGGGCUGCUGCUGCAGGACGACUGGACCUCGUAGGAAGUAGUCAGCCAAUAAAAGAAAAUAACACUUUAUUUCCUGCAGGGAUUCGAAACAGACUUAGCAGCUCAGGAAGUAAUUGCAGCUCAGGAAGUGAAGGAGAGCCAACUGCACUGCACGCUGGUAUCUGUGUGAGACAGCAGUCCGUAUCUACCAAAGAUGCUCUGAUUGCUGGAGAAGCCUUGUCUCUGUUAGUAACCUGCCUUCAGCUACGCAGUCAGCAGCUAGGAUCUUUUUACAAUUUGCCUUGUGUUGCUGAUUUCAUUAUUGACAUACUGCUUGGAUCACCAAGUGCUGAGAUUCGUCGUGUUGCUUGUGACCAGUUGUACACCCUCAGUCAAACUGACACAUCAACUCAUCCAGAUGUACAAAAGCCAAACCAGUUUCUCCUCAGCGUUAUCCUUGGUGCCCAGCUGCCUCUUUGGUCACCAACCAGCAUCAUGAGAGGAAUUAACCAGAGACUUUUGUCCCAGUGUACCGAAUAUUUUGAUCUGAGAUGUCAGUUAUUGGAUGACCUCACCUCAUCAGAAAUGGAACAGCUAAAGAUAAGCCCAGCUGCCAUGUUAGAAGAUGAGAUUACCUGGCUAGAAAACUUUGAACCCAACCGCACAGCUGAGUGUGAGACCAGUGAAGCUGAUAACAUCCUAUUAGCUGGACAUUUGAGGCUCAUCAAGACUCUCCUUUCACUCUGUGGGGCAGAGAAGGAAAUGGUUGGUUCAUCUUUGAUUAAGCCAUUGUUGGAUGACUUCCUCUUCCGAGCAUCCAGGAUUAUUCUGAACAGCCAUUCUCCAGCAGGCAGUGCUGCAAUCAGUCAGCAAGACUUUCAUCCAAAGUGCAGUACAGCAGAUAGCCGAUUAGCUGCCUAUGAAGUGUUAGUAAUGCUGGCUGAUAGCUCACCUUCCAAUCUUCAGCUUAUUACGAAAGAGCUGCUUUCUAUGCAUCAUCAGUGUGACCCAGCUCUUACCAAGGAGUUUGAUUAUCUUCCACCAGUGGAUAGUCGCUCCAUUUCAGGAUUUGUGGGACUGAAGAAUGGCGGUGCUACUUGUUAUAUGAAUGCUGUCUUCCAGCAGCUGUAUAUGCAGCCUGGUCUCCCAGAGGCUCUGCUUUCCAUUGAUGAUGAUACUGACAAUCCAGAUGACAAUGUGUUCUAUCAAGUUCAGUCUCUUUUUGGUCACCUGAUGGAGAGCAAACUACAGUAUUAUGUACCUGAGAACUUUUGGAAGAUCUUCAAGAUGUGGAAUAAGGAACUUUAUGUUCGAGAGCAACAGGAUGCUUACGAGUUCUUUACCAGUCUUAUAGAUCAGAUGGAUGAAUACCUCAAGAAAAUAGGAAGAGACCAAAUAUUUAAGAAUACUUUUCAAGGCAUCUUUUCUGAUCAGAAGAUCUGCAAGGACUGUCCUCACAGAUAUGAGCGAGAGGAAGCCUUCAUGGCUCUCAACUUAGGUGUGACUUCGUGUCAAAGUUUGGAAAUAUCAUUGGAUCAGUUUGUUAGGGGAGAAGUUCUGGAAGGAAGUAAUGCAUACUACUGUGAAAAAUGCAAAGAAAAGAGAACUACAGUGAAGCGCACGUGCAUUAAGGUCUUACCAAACCUGCUGGUGAUACACCUGAUGAGAUUUGGCUUUGACUGGGAGAGCGGACGUUCUAUUAAAUAUGAUGAACAAAUAAGGUUCCCCUGGAUGCUGAACAUGGAGCCUUACACUGUGUCAGGGAUGGCCCGCCAGGACUCGUCCUCAGAAGUGGGGGACAAUGGUAGAAACAUGGAUCAAGGAGGCGGAGGGUCCCCAAGGAAGAAAGUUGCACCUACAGAGAACUAUGAGCUUGUUGGUGUGAUUGUUCACAGUGGCCAGGCUCAUGCAGGGCAUUACUACUCCUUUAUAAAGGACAGGAGGGGAUGUGGAAGGGGAAAGUGGUAUAAAUUUAAUGACACUGUUGUUGAAGAAUUUGAGUUAACUGAUGAAACCUUGGAGUAUGAAUGUUUUGGUGGAGAGUACAGACCUAAAGUCUAUGAUCAGUCUAACCCUUACCCUGAUGUGCGUCGGCGAUACUGGAAUGCCUACAUGCUGUUUUAUCAGAGAGUGUCUGACCAGAACUCUCCAGUCUUACCAAAGAAAAGUCGAGUGAGUGUCGUGCGUCAGGAAGCUGAGGACCUCUCACUAUCUGCUCCAUCUUCACCAGAAAUUUCACCCCAGUCAUCACCACGACCCCACAGACCCAACAGUGAUCGCCUGUCCAUCCUAACUAAACUGGUCCGAAAAGGUGAAAAAAAGGGACUUUUUGUUGAGAAGAUGCCUGUACGGAUCUAUCAGAUGGUGAGAGAUGAAAACCUGAAAUUUAUGAAGAACAGAGAUGUAUACAGUAGUGACUACUUCAGUUUUGUUCUGUCACUGGCUUCACUAAAUGCUACGAAGGUAAAACAUCCUUACUAUCCGUGUAUGGCAAAGGUGAGCUUACAGUUGGCAGUCCAGUUCCUCUUCCAAACUUAUCUCCGAACCAAGAAGAAACUCAGGGCUGAUACAGAAGAGUGGAUUGCAACCAUAGAUGCACUGCUCUCCAAAAGUAUUGAUGCUUGUCAGUGGUUAGUUGAAUAUUUUGUUGGACCAGAGGGCCGGGAGCUUGUAAAGACUUUCCUCCUGGAAUGCAGCGUAAGAGAGGUGCGAGUUGCUGUAGCUACUAUUCUUGAAAAAACCCUCGACAGUGCCUUGCUUUAUCAAGAGAAGUUAAAAAGUCUACAUCAGUUAUUGGAGGUGCUACUUGCUUUGCUGGAUAAAGAUGUUCCUGAAAACUGUAAAAACUGUGCUCAGUACUUCUUACUAUUCAACAAUUUUGUGCAGAAGCAGGGUAUAAGGGCUAGCAGUCUUCUUCUCAGACAUUCUGCUUUGAGGCACAUGAUCAACUUUCUCCUUGGUCCCAACCGUCAGAGUAAUCAGAACCGCAGGUGGAGUUCAGCGCAAGCUCGUGAGUUUGGAUAUCUUCACAAUACUGUCGCAUUACUUGUUCUGCACUCUGAUGUCUCUUCACAAAGAAAUGUUGCUCCUGGUCUCUUUAAGCAACGUCCACCUCUAAGCAUCACUACUUCAGGUCCACUUUUGACACUCCAUGAAGAAGUGGAAGCCUUGUUGUUCUUGUCCGAGGGAAAACCUUACCUAAUAGAGGUGAUGUAUGCAUUACGAGAGCUAACUGGAUCUCUGUCGGUUCUCAUUGAGAUGGUGGUGUACUGCUGCUUUUGUAAUGAGCACUUUUCCUUUACUGUGCUACACUUCAUCAAGACUCAACUGGAAACUGCUCCACCUCAUGAAUUGAAAAACAUAUUCCAGUUACUCCAUGAGAUACUGGUCAUCGAAGACCCCUUACAAGUAGAGCGCAUCAAAUUUGCCUUUGAAACUGAAAAUGGAUUAAUAGCCUUGAUGCACCACAGCAACCAUGUGGACAGCAGUCGCUGUUACCAGUGUGUCAAGUUCCUUGUUACUUUGGCUCAGAAGUGCCCUACUGCAAAAGAUUAUUUCAAGGAGAAUUCCCACCACUGGAGUUGGGCUGUGCAGUGGCUACAGAAAAAGAUGUCUGAACAUUACUGGGCACCUCAGAGCAACGUUUCCAAUGAGACAUCAACUGCAAAAACCUUCCAGCGCACUAUUUCAGCACAGGACACACUUGCCUAUGCCACAGCAUUGCUGAAUGAAAAAGAUCAGUCUGGAAGCAGUAAUGGGUCAGAAAGCAGUCCAGCCAACGAGAACGGAGACAGACAUCUACAGCAGGGCUCAGAGUCUCCUAUGAUGAUUGGUGAGACUAAAAGUGACCUUGAUGAUGUUGACCCGUAAAAGGAUACCCGUGAACCCAAGAACAGAUCAACUCAAACAUUUAAUGCCUGGUACCUGUUGAAACCUAGAGUCCUAUUGCUUAUGCUAUUACAAGAGUCUGGAAGAGAAGGAUCUAUGGCAAUGCUGGAGAAGGUUGUUUCCCUGAAAGCUAAAAGCAUUUCUUAGCCACGAAGGCUUCAGAUUGACAAAUGCUCUAGAAAACUGCAUCUUCACCUGCAGUAGCUUAUGACAGUCCAGACACCAACAACAUUUUUGUCAAGAAGAUUUUAUCAAAUACACAAACGCUAGUGGUUGAAUUUUUAUGUGAACAUUAAAUGAGUGAAUGUAAAACUGUUGCUUUUCUGUGAUGCUGCAAAAAAAAAAUUCUUUUGGUUUUUAUACAGAGAAAAACCAGACUUGCCCUUAUGUAUGGAGGGCAAAUUUUUAAUCUUUCUGAUAAUAUUGAAUAGGAAUAUUCAAAUUUCUGUAUAAAGAUGUGUGAUGACUUACAUUUCAUUGUAAAAUAUUAGUUAAAGAAUCAGUUUACAUAAGGACUUCUGUAUUUAAUAUGUCUCCCUGCUCAUUUGUAAAGCUCUUCAAUGGAAGGAUCAGUAAGAUUGCUCUGCAAGGAGAGCAGCUCCUUACAGAAAGGUUUGGUCAUGGAGCUUCUCGCGUGGCUUGUCUUUUGGGUACCCUUCCAAAAACCACAGGCAGUCAGGAAGGGCCGCAAGAGAAAAAGGUUCUCAAGGUAUGCAAGUGUUUAUGAAAGGAUGUUGGUGGGUUUAAAGAAAUAAUAAUUAAAAAAAAAAAAAAAGAGUAGUUUAAAAGAAAAGAAGCACUUUAAAAUGGAUUUCUGUUGCAGUUUUAGUCAUGAAAUUUUUUACUUUUGGAGACAUAUUGAAUCGAACGUAGUCUCGAUCCUGUGACCUGCAAUCACUUGCUUGUGCUUUCAAAUUACUGAGAAAGUUAGUAUUGGUUGUACAUGAUGAACAAUUCCUUGAUUGAGUUUGGGGACACUGUCGUGCAGAUUUUAUUGAGCAAUUUUAACACGGGGAAAGAGUGAUUUGGCUUUGUUUAUAUUUUCACUUGACCAGGCAACAUUUAAAAUAUCACAGCUCUUUUGAUUUGCUCGUAAACAACUGGAAGGCAGUUGGGAUGAUUGGAGCACGGUUUUGUUUUCCACAUCAAGCUUAGUUCAGUGACUUCUGGUUCUGGAUGCUAGCUUCUUUUGUGCCAACUAACUUCUUACUUUGUACAUUUGCGUUUGUCACAUUUUCUGCACUGCUUUUUGCCUUUAUUUAUGGAUUCUGCCUUACUUUAGAAAUUAUGUAAACAAACAUGCACAGAAAUGGGAGGGCAUCUCAAGGAGUGCCUGGGCACCUCCAGAACAGACAAAUUUGCCAAGUUAAAGGCACAACCAGCCAAGAAGUGCCUUUGUUUCUUUCUACGGACUGUUGCUGAACCAAGAAGCAGCAGACAGCUUUUCACUGUUGUGCACUAAUAUUGAAAUUAACCAGUCAUUUCACUGUUGGAAGCAAACAUCUGAUAUGAUUUCAGCUGUACAGCUUUAUAACUUAUUGCGGGUUAAGAGAAACGUGUCGUAAAUGGCGUGUGCAAAGAUGCAAGGGUGGCAUUGUAGUGAACAGCUCCCCUUUUGUUGCUUGAUGUUUCUUUUUUCCAAACAAUGUCUUCAUGGACACGUGGCAAAGUUGGCAUUUUAUAAAUGUUUCUGAUAAUGUGCUGGGACAUUUUAAAUGUGUGACGUUUUAAAUUAAUUUUGAAUAAAUCAUUUCUUACA